UGCGUCAUGACGUCACCCGGCCUCUCCAGGAAGGCGUGCUGCUCGGCCCAACAGCCAGUGCACACAGCAGCAGCAGUCCGCCCGUAGCUUGUGCCCGGAGCGCAACCCCCGCAAGCACGUCUCCUCCGCCGCGGUGAUACGGUGAUAGUACACGCCUGGAUGUGUACAGAUAAGGGCCACUGACUCGAGCCUGUGUAUGCAACCCGCCCUGUGCUCCAGCCACGACCAUGUCCGACGCUGCUAACGCUUCUGCCACAGACAACGGAGAGCUCAACGGCUCUUGGGUGGAGUUGGAGAUGCACAGAGGCACAUCCACCCCCUCUGACCCCCCUCCCUCGUCCGGGACCCCCCUGCUGCCCCUGCUACCCCUGCCCCAAGUGGAGGAGGAGGAGGAGGCCAUGGGAGGGGGCCUGGAGCACGUGCCCUCGUCUUCAUCCAUCCACAACGGAGACAUGGAGAAGAUCCUGCUGGACGCUCAGCACGAGUCCAGCCGCAGCAACUCCUCCUGUGACAGCCCCCCGCGGCCCCACAGCCCACAGGAUGAGGGACAAAUCAUCUUCGAUGUGGACGCCAGGAGAGACAGCCAAUCUGAAGUGGACAGCCUGGAGAAGGAGCGGGACAUGGACAUCCUCAUGAAGGACGCAGACUGGGUGGCUGACUGGUCCAGCCGACCCGAAAACAUUCCCCCCAAGGAGUUCCACUUCCGUCACCCGCGACGCUCUGUCACCCUGAGCAUGAGGAAAACUGGAGCCAUGAAGAAGGGAGGCAUCUUCUCCGCAGAGUUCCUCAAAGUGUUCAUCCCAUCUCUGCUGCUAUCACACAUCCUCGCCCUGGGCCUCGGGGUGUACAUCGGAAAGAGGCUGACCACGCCCCCUACCAGCUCUUUCUGAAUAUCGCCGAAGACAAGUGCCUGUGAAGUGGCCACAAUGGAGUCGCCGAGCGCGCCCCUCUACCCCGCCUGCCCCUCUCUCCCCCCUCCCCCCUCUCUUUUCCUCCUCCCCUCUUCUUCGUCCCUGAGAUAUGACAUGUUCUCAGGUCUGCCCCCCUAACCCUCCUUUUUGUGUCCUCUCCCCUUAUUUUGACCCUUUUUCUUGACUGGCUGUUUGACUGUCUGUAGAUAAGCCCCUCCCUUUUCCUCGUCACUCAUUUGUAAAUCUAGGAAUGAUAACUUAGGUUUAGUUUUUUUCUUCGGGAGGGGGUUGUUUAAACGUUUUUGAGCGGGUGGGUUUUCAAGGAAGCUUCGAAAAACCAAAGUCUUUGCCCUUUCGGAUGUGAAAA